CGUCAGUGUUGCUUAACAGUUCUCCUUGACUGUGUUUGAAAAUUGCCCAACACUAACGGUGGCGUUCCCUUUGAAAUUUUUUUCUGCUUGUUUGUUUACAUGGCUUGGGUUUACAAAAUACUUGAUAAAUAAAAACCUUUUAUAGUAAUAGUCAGCAGGUAUCUAAUAAGCAAAGCCAACCAUGAUCUCCAGUCGGGCGUUUGGAGAAACAAUUGAGGAGUAUGAAGUACAGCACUUGUUGGGCAAAGGCGGUUUUGCCAGUGUCUAUAAGGCGAGAUGCCUCCGCACUCACCAGGAUGUGGCUAUUAAGAUGAUUGACAAGAAACUUAUUCAGGGCACUGGUCUCACCAACCGCGUUCGGCAGGAAGUGGAGAUCCAUUCCCGACUCAACCAUCCCUCGGUUUUGCAGCUGUACACAUUUUUCCAAGACGCCAACUAUGUGUAUUUGGUGCUGGAGUUGGCCCACAACGGGGAGCUGCAUCGCUACAUGAACCAGAUAUCGAGGCCUUUCACGGAGGCGGAAGCUGCGUCCAUCCUGAAGCAGGUGGUGGCGGGUCUGCUGUACCUGCACUCUCACAACAUCAUGCACCGCGACAUUUCUCUAUCCAACCUUUUGCUCAGCAAGGAAAUGCACGUGAAGAUUGCCGAUUUCGGUCUAGCUACCCAAUUAAAGCGACCGGAUGAGCGACAUGUGACGAUGUGUGGCACCCCCAACUAUAUAUCGCCCGAGGUUGUGUCCCGAGUGUCCCAUGGACUGCCGGCUGAUGUCUGGAGUGUUGGGUGUAUGCUGUACACCUUGUUGGUUGGAAGACCGCCCUUUGAAACCGAUGCCGUGCAAUCCACGCUCAACAAGGUGGUUAUGUCGGAGUACCUGAUGCCGGCUCAUUUGUCUUUUGAGGCGCAGGACCUAAUAAACAAGUUGCUGAAGAAGCUACCACAUGAGCGCAUCACCCUCGAGCAGGUCCUAAGCCACCCAUUUAUGCUGAAGAGAAGCGAUUACAGUGCGAAUCGCGGUUAUACGACGACUCCGGGAGCAUUAAAUGUGUUUGGCCAAAGCCUGGAAAGUGGUGAUAGUGGAAUCCUAACAUUUGCCAGCAGUGACUCGAGAAACUCUCAACGCCUGCGCUCUGUGGAUACCUCAGCGCCGCAGGCUCUUCCCCAAAUACGGGAAGAAUUCAUGCAGGAUCAUCAUCUUCGACCAACUUAUGAACAGCCGGCAGGAAUAUUUCCCCAAAGUGCAGCUGGUCAGGCGGAGCAAAAGUGGUCGGGAAACGCUAAUUCCACCCCAGCACUUCAUGUGAAAAUGGACCUUGUAGAGAAGCCCAGCCUAGCUCGAGUUAAGGAGGAGCGACUUUCGGUGCCACCAUUGUGCACGAUGAGAUUGCUACCGACGCGUUACAAGACCAAGAAUGCUAUAAUGAGUAUAUUGCGAAAUGGCGAGGUGGUUCUUGAGUUUCUGAAAUUUCGGCCCAAGUUCAACGAAGAUCGCAUCACUGACAUUUGCCGCAUCUCCCACGAUGGGCGACGUAUCAUUAUUUACCAACCAGAUCCAGGACGUGGCUUAGCCGUAAAAGAGCAGCCCCCAGAGCUUCAGAUACCAAGUGAGGACUGCAUCUACAACUACGAAAGCUUGCCCAGCAAGCACUGGAAGAAAUAUGUAUACGCGGCGCGUUUUGUGGGCUUAGUAAAGAGCAAAACUCCGAAAGUAACAUAUUUUAGUGCACUGGGAAAAUGUCAACUGAUGGAGACGAUGACUGACUUUGAGAUUCGCUUUUACUUGGGAGCAAAGCUGCUGCGGUCUCCCACCGAAGGACUUAAGGUUUACAAUGCCAAUGGAAUGUUAUUAUCAGAUCAGACUUGCUUGGAAGCUCGAUCCCUGAUCGAGCACGGAAACGAAUGCUUCUCGCAUUGUGUCACCGUUAGUAAUGCCUUGGAAGUGGCUCAGACAAAGGACUCUACGUGCUUUCCAGUCACAAUUGGACGGCGUCCAGUCACAGAUGUUCAGCCAGGUCAGAAAUUUGACGGGCUAAGGGAUACCACAAACUUUGCCUAUUCGACCCCGAAAUCAAAUCAGGGUUCAAUAAACUUCUCCGUUAGCACUCUUUCGUCGAUUCGAAAUACAACAGAUUUUGGAUGCAGUUCCUCGAGAUUAAACAUGCUAGCUUCUCAUCAAAACGUCCCAAUAAAACGCGUCAACAUUCCUGAUAUUGGUGUCGCUACUGAGUUAUCCCACGGAGUUGUCCAAGUGCAAUUUUAUGAUGGAUCCGUAGUUUCUGUUAUACCAGACAACCAAGGUGGCGGCGUGACGUAUACACAACCGAAUGGAAAUUCAACCCAUUUUGUGAAAGACGAUGACUUGCCCUUCGCUGUCAGAGAUAGAAUUAGUCAGUUACCGCAGAUUCAAUUGAGGUUGAAGACGGCUCCCUUACUGGGGAGUGGAAGGAAGAUUGAGUACAACAAUGCAAUGACUCCCAAAACGACAACGCCUUGCUACAAUCGCAUGCUCAUAUAACGGAAAAUCAAAUUAAAUAUGAAACAUCAUAGUUAUUAAGUUUUAAUUAAUUUGGUCUACUAAACAUUGGUCAACUGUAAAAUAAAUGAAAAUAUAUUUUAUUAACUUCCCUGUAA